AGGAAAAGGAAAUAAGCUUCGGAGUUCGGAGCUUGCAGGCUUGCAGCAAUUUCAUUUACAAAAAACUCUCUCGAAUCUGCCUCCCUCCAUCUCUCAUCGCUGCGCUAAACUCAUUCCUAGGUAGUCGUUAGAUUUGUAGAAUACCAAUGUUUUUGACGAGGGUGUUUGGGAGGGCACUCUUUGGUGCUGCAGCCCAAUCCGAGGCCACAGUUUCUGCGGCUGCGGCUUAUUCUACUGGUGCACGUAACCCGCUUGAGGAAUUCUUUGAGGCCGAUAGAAAGCCAGAUGAUGAGAAGCCUGUUGUCUAUGGUCGGAGUUGGAAGGCUUCUGAACUUCGUCUCAAGUCUUGGGAUGACCUGAAUAAGCUCUGGUAUGUUCUCCUGAAAGAAAAGAACAUGUUAAUGACUCAGCGACAAAUGCUGAAUGCUCAGAACUUGAACUUUCCUAGUCCCGAGCGUAUAUCAAAGGUACGCAAGUCAAUGUGCCGAAUCAAACAUGUCCUAACUGAAAGAGCCAUUGAAGAGCCGGAUCCUAGGAGGUCUGCUGAGAUGAAGAGGAUGAUCAAUGCCUUAUAACUUCCAAUUUCGUGUUCGGUGUUUAGCUGAAUUCGAGCUUCUGUCCUUGAUUAUUUGAUAGGUCCUUUGUAUGAGUGCAAGUAAGUAAUCUCUCAAACAUUAUGGAUUAUUUUGCUGCAGCAUAUCAGUCAUGUUUCGCCUUUGGAGGCGUUUAUAAAUGGAGAAAUUAAGCCCUUUUGAAUUUUGACAGGCAUAUUAUUAUCUGAUAUGAAUUCUGUUACAUGGCCAA